GGGCAUCUCCUGCAGGUUUGGGACAACAUUUGUCGUUCUGGAGCACAGCAGGGAAAUGGUCUGUGUUUGAGGAAGGCCCCUUUGGAAAAGGAGCUCUUUUCUUCACCUGUCCCCUGUGUUUCUUGUGCAGGUGGGCAGUGGGCAUGGAUCUGGAUCUGGAUGGUAUUUCCUCAGUGUCGUCUCUGCAGUCCCUUGCCAAGCUGCUUGGUGAUCCUCCAAAAGAUGAUGAGGAUGAUGACGAUGAGUGUGGGCCACACAGCUCUGUUAGUGCCAUGGGUCCUGGGAAUAUCGGACCAGUAAAGAAAGAGACUGCUGUUGCAGGUCCUGCUCAAGUGAAAUCUGAAAACAGUAAAACUAUUUGGAGUGCAGAAGAGGUCCCGGAAGGAUCAGAAUAUGAGGACACUUGGGAUCCUCGGGAGCAGCCAGAGUAUGAGAUUCUGUUCAAGCAGCGGGUGGGAACAGAGGACAUGUUCCUCGGGAUGAGCAGGAAGGACGCGUCCACAGCCUGCUGCGAGGACAUGGUGAUUAAAAUCAAACUUCCAGAGACAAAGUUCUCAGACAUCACUUUAGAUCUCCAGGAUAARGUCCUUGACCUUCGAACCCCCCAAAAGAAGCUGUUGCUGCACCUUCCCCACCCAGUGGACAGCAGGAAUGGAAAAGCUCAUUUUCACUCUGAAGAGGAGAUCUUGGAAGUCACCUUGAGGAUGACAAGGGAGCUUGACUUCAUCAACUUUGCCUAACGCAUAAAGAAGUUGGAAAAAAAUUCAAAAAGGAUCCCUGUCCAUUUGAAAUCUUCUCAAGUGCCAGUCAUCAAAUAGUAGAUUGUUCCCCUUGAACAGUCCAGGAGGAGAAGUGCUCCAGCAGUGCUGGAGAAAUUAAAUGAGUUAGGAGGGAAAAACGAGAAAGGAAAGGACAUAUUUAAAACACCUAGAGAACCUGCCAGCUGGGGCUGCCCAGCCCUGGCUGCUCUGGUUAACAUUGCAUUGAGCUUCCUGCAGGGUGGCACAAGGUGAGGAGCAGCACAGGGAGGCUCUGGCCCCACACUGGUGCUUUGAAGCUGUGAGAGCCCAACCUGACUUCCAUUUAGAGAAGCUGAGAUCCAGGCGAGUCCRGAAUUCACUCCUAGCUCUUUCUACAUGAGUGUCUGUAAGCUUUUCAGUUUAUUUUCACAUCUGAGGCUCACUGACAGUGGCAGAAGACGACGCCCUGCUAGACUGUAGAGCAGCUUAGCUCUUUUGAAUAAUUUUUGGCAAUAUGUGGUCCAGCGUCAUCUAUUCACCUGCUCUCCAGCUGCUCUUCUGAUCU